AUGUCUGAUAUAAGUGCGUCGGAGUACAUCAAUCAACAAAAUGCCUUGGAAGAUGAGGCUCGCGAAAUAAUGCCAUGGAACCCGAGUCACUGCACUUACGUUGAUGGAGGACUGCGACAACCCGUGUUUGCAUGUCUGAGCUGUGGGGAAAUAGGUGUGUGCUAUUCGUGCUCCAUUCAAUGUCAUGCAAAUUGUGAAUUGAUCGAGCUAUUUACCAAAAGAGCAUUCACAUGCGACUGCGGUACUGAAAGACAGUUAGCCAAGCCCAAAAAGGACAACGAGUAUUGGUGUCAAUUGAGAAAAAACACGACUCAGGACAUUCCAAGCUUAUCGAACUCGUACGGACCCAAUUUCAAGGGCUACUUUUGCGAUUGUCACAAGCAGUACGAUCCCGAAUCUGACUCAACAAUGAUUCAGUGCGCCCUAGGUCUGGAAUGCAACGAAGACUGGUACCACUGUGCCUGCAUUGUGCAGACUCAAAACCAGAUCGAAGAGGGAGAGAAACCCUCGAAUCCAACAGAACAAUCACUUCCUCUUGGCUUUCCUAGCCUGGAAUCUUUCGACGCUUUCAUAUGUUGGAAGUGUGCCUCUCGGUAUAAAUCUGUUUUCCGGGAUCUUUUGGCCCAUUCACGCUCUCAGGACCUGAUAGCACAUAAAAUCAAACAUUCAAGUCCCGCGAGUGAAAAAUCUGAACCCAAUACAGGUAAUUCGGUCGACGGACUGCGAAAACGCAAAUAUGAUAUGGAGAACGACGAGUCUUUUUCUCUAAUGCUUCUUCCAGGCUACAAAAGUGUUUUGCUAGAAAUAAAGGCUGAACUGGAAAAAACUAGCAAGCUUUAUCUCUUCAUGGAUGAUAUCGCGCCCUUCUUGACCGAGGACGAACCAGUUUACGUGCCUCCAGAGGACUCCGAUGACGAUGCUUCUACCUAUGAGCUGGGGACGCAAGCUUUGAGCUCAACGGUUGAUAGAGAUGUAGCUGCUGUUGGUCUGAGGGCCAUGGACGGGAUCAAGCAAAAACUGAGUGAGUUCUUGCAGCCUUUCGCUGAUUCAGGACAGAUCGUUAAGGAAGAAGACAUUCGCAAUUUCUUCAAAUUGCAAAAUAAAGAAUAA